AGCCUAUAUAAAUGUGUCACUAUAUCUAUCCUAACUAUCUGUCACUGUCUUUAGUUUAUCAGUAAAUAUAUUUAACUUAAAUGUAACCUAAAUAUAACUAACUAAAUCGCACUAUAAAUGUCAAUAAAUCGUAAACGCUAUCUCAAAAUCUUUCUCCUCUCACAAAAACCCACGAGGUGAAGGUGCAUUAACUCCUCUUUUAAACUUUGUGGCAGUUGAGACAGAUGUGCGAUUGUGUGGUUUGUUCCCGCCCCUGUCAAUCAAACGCAGACUCGGCAAGCGUGCCACCUGUCGGUCGAGACACUUAUGAAACGCGCAGAAGCUUCGUUUAGCCAUAGUCACGUGACAUGGGUGUUUUGAAUCACAGUUCGGAGCAGUGUUUCGAAACAUCUACGCUUCGGGAUCUCGACACUGUGUCGAAACGUUAGUUUCGCGUCAGCCAUCAUUAGUUAUUCCUUUUUAAUGGCAUUGUAACCAGUCUUCGCUACAGUGGGUACCAUAGUUGUGUUUUUAUUUCAUGUCAAAUAUGGACUGAAUUUUGCUUAUGUCAUCACGCAUAAGCGACAAAGCAGAGCGUCAGCGGAAGUCUGAUGAAUAUAGCGGGAGGACAGGACAGGUCUACUGUGUGUAACAAAGAUCUAUAAUCAGAAUAAAUCCUGAACUUUCUCCUGUUAUCUGACUGGAUACUGCAGCCAAUCCCCAACACAGAGCUCCACAUCUCUCUCUCUCUCCUCCUGAGCAGUGCUUGUUUACCCGAGAACUUGAUGAAUCUUCUCAAACGUACUGCCUUCAUCUUCUCUGAACAGACACCGAGUCUGGCGCUUGGUUCAUUUCCAACCAAACAGAUCAGCCUGACCAAGACCAACCCACCGGCAAGCUCGUCCAGCAGGCCACGGAGAAGCAAGAAGCGCUUCGCGAACAUGUCGCUGGAGAAGCUGAUGGAGAAGUUCCUGGAGCAGAGCAUGGAAGCAGAAGACAACUUCUACAGACUCGAGCAGCAGCGUCUUCAGGCUGAGGAUAAGCGCAGAGAGGAGGAGCAUUCCAGAGAGCUGCAGAUGCUACAGAUGUUGGGCCAGAUAUUUAAUGGCAUUCGCACACCCUCUACUGCACCGCAGGCCACUCCGCAGCCUUCAUGUAUCCCCCAGACUAACCCCGCCGUACCCCUCACGCGCCCCACUUUUGGGAAUCGUAACCAUCCUCCUGCCUUGACCGAGUUUGUCAGCCGCAGCCAGCCAGCCGGCCCAGGUCUGCUCAUGGAAGAGAGUGACGCUCAAUUCAUAGAGCGCUCUUUCUCUCUGGGAACGGCAGCGGUGGACAAUGUCAUUCCUCUUGUAAGAAACACAAUUCCUCCACUUACGUCCAAAAAACACAAGGGUCAGGACGGACGCAUUGGAAUCAUUGGAGGAUGUCAAGAGUACACAGGAGCACCUUUCUUUGCAGCUAUCUCGGCUUUAAAAGUAGGAGCCGAUCUGUCUCAUGUGUUCUGCACCAAAGACGCAGCUCCAGUCAUCAAGUCCUACAGUCCUGAACUCAUCGUGCAUCCAGUGCUAGACAGUCCCAAUGCUGUGGAGGAGAUGGAGAAAUGGCUGCCCAGGCUUCACAGUCUGGUUGUGGGACCAGGUCUGGGGAGGGAGGAGAUGCUUCUGAAGAAUGCUAAGGAGAUUAUUGAGAGGUCAAAGCUCAGAGGAAUUCCAAUCAUCAUCGAUGCUGAUGGGCUUUGGUUAGUCGCAAAAGAACCCUCAGUCAUUCAAGGAUAUCAGAGAGGAAUCCUCACACCCAACUUUAUGGAGUUUACCCGUCUGUACGAGGCCAUGCAUCAUGAACCUCUGGACAGCACGGACCACAAGAGAAGUGCUCAGCAGCUCAGCAUCGCCAUGGGCCACCUUACCUUGGUUUUGAAGGGGGAGGAGGACAUUAUUACUGACGGAAAGAACAUGCUGAGCUGUAGUCAAGAGGGCAGUGGGCGGCGCUGCGGAGGACAGGGAGAUCUGCUCUCCGGUUCAUUAGGAGUCUUCGCCCACUGGGCAUUCAGCUCACCUCCAGAUGCAAUUAAAGGCAUGAAUCCCUCGCUGGUGGCUGCAUUCGGUGCUACGUCUCUGACAAGGCAGUGUAAUCGCCAGGCCUUCCACAAACACAGCAGAUCCACCAGCACCUCUGACAUGAUCCAGGAGAUAAGCAGCGCUUUCAAGAAGCUGUUUGAAAGCUAAACUACAUGCGUGUCCAUUCUUUUUCAUGGUCAUUAUUAAGACUAAAGGUGUGCGUCACAAUGCUACUCCUAUUAAAUAAAAGCGAAGUACGUUGUUGAGCACCUUUUUUCCUUUUUAUUUUGAAGUGCCUCUUUGUAGUUUCAACUACUUCUCCACCUUCAUGUGUGUGGUGGCCCUCUCCGAACGUCAUACCUUAUUUUAACAUCUGUGUCUUUAGAUGUGUGUGUGUGUUAUGUUUGCGAGUGUUUAGAUUUGGAUCUGGUAACCCACCAAGAGAAAACACUGUCCCUUUAUGAAUGAAUUGCUGUCUUAACUACUAGCUGCAAUUUAUUGAUUGGUCUGCUUGAAAAUGUUCACUUUCAAGUAUUCAAACAAAUGCUCUACCUUUAUAGUGGAUGUUCUCCUUACAUUAAGCUGUCUAACACCUUAUUUUCCGUCAGUAACUCACAAUCCCUGUUUAGUAUGUGGGACAAAUUACAAAUAAUUGAAAGUGGCUGUCACUUUUAGAUAUAGUUUGCUAUCCUAUGUAUUAAACUAACAUGAACAUUUUAUUUAAAACUGUUUCUGUUUUGUAUUAUUCACUCUGUGUAAAUAUUGUUUUGUUACUAAAUGUACUUUAAAUAUUUGUUACUUUAAA